GGUAUGCCUUUAGAGAAUCUGGCCUGUCCGAGAGAGACGGAAUAGCCCAUCUGACAUCUUUGCCAAACCCUAACCGCCUCUGGCUCGGCGGCGGCGGCGGCGGCUCGUCCCCGAAGAGCAGCCGGAGUUGGAGAGGAUCGGUGUUCCCGCUACGCGGCGGCAAAGAUCGAUGGUGGACACGGAUGAGCGGUGGCGCGCUGCGGUGAUUGGCGGUGGUGGAGAUGCUGCUACUGCGACGGAGCCUAGUCUGCCCGCCGCGAUAACGCGGCGUCUGCGGGAGCUCGCAUGGGAGGACAAGGACAAGGAGAAGGCUCGCACGGUCGUUGAUCUAGUCGACUCCGAAACCCCUAUCGAAUGCGAUCACGAAGAGGGUCAUCUUUGCCCUAGUCCCUGCUCCGACAUUCCUUCUAUGGUUGCAGCUAGCGGUGGUGGUGGUGGCAAUGAAGAGAUGGGCAAGGUGAAUUGUAAUGAGAAGCACACAUAUGGUGAGGAGAAGGAGAAGGAGAAGGAGAAGGUGGUGGAGACUAAGUCGGAGCUGAAGCCUAAACCGAGGAGGAAGAAUUGGGAGGAGGAGGAGCUCACAUGGGAGGAGAAGGUGUUGAAGGUUCUUCACAUGGUUCGUAUAUGGGAGGUGACUGAAUUCGACCCCAAGAUGGAGUGGUUUGAGCCUACCCGCCUUUGCCUCUUCAACACCGCCUUCUUCGACCUCGACAAAGAGUCUAAGGCUGGGCUUGGGCCACCGAUUCACUCGCUCACUUCCUCUGAUUAUCGCCAUUUGGAGACCUCCAUGAAUAUCAUUUCAAUCAAGGUUGUCGAAUCUGACGUGGGUUACCCUAUCAGCAUCUUCGGCACCGUGUUAGCGAGAGAUCAGUAUGACUAUAGGUGUGUGUAUUUGUUCAGGCGUAGCAGGGACGAUCCCCAGAUCAUCACCUCACCGGAGGACAUGCUAACUUUGACAGGCCCAAAGCGAGGUCUUGGUGCAAAAGAUUAUAUGUUUUUCGAGUUCAAUUUAAAGAUGAAGGGCGAUGAUGGAGUUGACAAAGAUUUUAGCAAAGGUUUGCUGCCAUACAAUGUCGUCUGUCGAACAGGGAGACUCGAGACUUUACAUCUCAGGAGCUGGCUAAGUGUAGUGGAAUUUGCAUUCGUGACUGUUCAAUAUGCCGUUGAAGCUACCCUUGCGGUGAAAAUGUUAGGGGGGGCAUCUGUUUUCACUGGUAGAGUGACUGCUUGGACUACUGGAAAUGAUGAAGAUGAAAUAGUUCUCUAUGACAGUGAAGUUGCAGACACUCGGACAGAGAUUACAGCUGAUGGAUCUGUUCAGCUAAAUCGUGGUUUAGUAGUUGUCCCAUUGGAUAAGGAGCUGGUGCUCAAUAUUUGUGUGUUUGAGGGUGAAGAUGAAGCUCAAAGCUUUGAGUUCAUUCUAGGGCACUAUGAUGAAGAAUUUACCUGCAAGCAAGGCUGUUAUGAGUUUCAAGUUAAUAUUAUUUGGACGGCAGUAAAGACUCGGCGACGGCCCAAUAUGUGGAAGCGCAUUGGUUGCAUUGUACUGUUACUUUGAAGGCUGUAAAAAGGGUGCACUUAUCAGAGUCAUAUAUGAUCGGUGCACUCAAAACAUAUCUAUCUAUCCAUAAAAUUUCCUAAGAAUAUUCUCUUAGAUAUGUAUUGCUAGUCUCAGUCUGUAAAUGAUGAUCACGCUUAUCUUAAUUAGACACAUGCAUGCGUGGUAUUCCCUCCGUUUCAGGUUA